CAAAGAGUCGAGACAAAUCUUUCAGCGCGUUGUGUGUCAACAACUUUCGCUCGAUGAACAACGGGCUGAUAUCACCGUUUUUUGCUCGGUAGAUAAGACCCGGUAGCCUCUUGUGUGCAUUGUUUAUGCCGUUCACCCUUUCCGGAUGUCACAUUUCAGCUAUAUGAGACUUUGGAAACUGUGUAAUUCUUGGAGAAUACGGCAUCGUCUGAAGUGUACAUUAAUAACCCUCUUUCCCUUGUUGAGUAUCCUGUUAAUUCUUUUCCAUUUUAGCAAUGCCGGUGAUAUUAUUUCGUAUUAUUUAUCUCAAGAUCCCAAGCCUCUUCCAGUGUCUAUCCAAUGCAAUGGAGGACGGCUGGGAAACCAAAUGUGCACUUACGCCACACUCUAUGGUCUCAGCGCUCUCAAUAAGGGCAGGCCCUUCGUAGCCCAGAACUGCAACCUGGAGUAUCUGCGGCCAAUGUUCAAGCAGCUGAGCAUCCAACAAGCCCCUCCCCUGUAUAUACAGUGGAAUUCAUGGAGCGUUCUGUCUUAUUUAAAACCAUCAGAUUUAACCAUUCCACCCAAUUCAAACUACAUUGGCGGAUUUGUCUAUCCAUGUUCCUACACUUUCUUCGACCAUGUCCAGAACGAGCUUAGAGGAGAAUUUCAGUUCACUCUAGAAAUACAACUGCAUGUUCGCAAAGUUCUUCAAAAGGCAAACGUCCAUUCCUUGAAGCAUCCAACAUACGUAGGGAUACACGUGAGACGCGGAGACUACCAGAAGCGGUGGUUGGACAUUUACAAAGGCAUCGAAGUGAACAUGGAGUUCUUUCAAAAAGCAGUGGAAUAUUUCCGAAAAAAGUACAAAAAUGUGGUGUUUGUUGUUGUCAGUGACGAUCGAAUUUGGUGUGUGGAAAAUUUAGUCGAACCAUUAGGUGUUUAUGUGAGCGAAGAAGGUCCAUCACCUGCUCACGACAUGGCAAUUCUUGCUCACUGUAACCACACUAUCAUGACAUAUGGUACUUUUGGAUUUUGGGGUGCUUAUCUAGCUGGUGGAGAAACUGUAUAUUUUGACAAAUUUUUGCUACCAAAUACCUCAUUUGCUAAAACUGAUUUCAUCUUCGAUAAAAUGUAUCCACCUCGAUGGAAAGGUAUUGUGACGGCGAAUGUUUCUUCUCUAAAGCUGUAAGAUAUAUCAAUAACUAUCAAAUGUGAUGCCUGCUUUUAGAUUUGUUUAUAAUUAAAGAAAUGAUCAGUGAUUCUGAUGAUUCCCUGAAAGGAACCGGUGAAAGAACCUAUUUACUCAAGGAAGAUGCUUCAGACAGUGAGAAAUAGAAUGAAUAUAUUGCAAUUAUACAUUUUGACUGAAUUAAUACUCAUUAUAUUUAUACUCAAGUAAUUUGCACAAUUAAUCAUAUUUUUUACAAUAUUUAUGAAUUCAUGUAAUAUUUUAUGUUACUAUUACUCUAAUUACGGUAUUUGAUUUGGUUGUUGGUUUUUAAAAUUGGAUAUCCACAAUUUGCCCACAAAACCUUAAGCUGAUAUUUGGUUUCGGUCCAAGAUUUUUUAGCUGAUAUAUUUGAUUAUAUUUCGUAAUAUUUGUGAUAAAAUCCAUAUUAAAGAAAUUAUUCCUUCUAGGUGUGCAUAAUUAAAAAAAGAAAAGUAAUUGGCUAAUAAUAUUGUUACGAAAUAUCCCGGGGCUCGUUUGGAUAGUGGAAGUUAUAUGGUAUGGAGAACGCUCAAUUACCAGGCGGCAGUAGAAAAUAAAACAACGACGUUUAUUAACACAAGAAACACAGGACAGCACAAAGACGACAACUAUAUACAGCACAGAAGACGAAGCAGCAUAUAACAAGACUUUCUACUGCAGACAGUAGCGCACAGUUUAGUUCAGCCCUAGCUUCACUACGUCACUGCUCCGCUGAUCUCUGGAAGACCAGUUCUUCACCGUCGCUUUCGACUACUCUCUGGUUCACGACCCAAUUCACAACUACUACUCUUUCGCUUCCGACUACUCUUCGACUCCACUGGUUCGCGACCCAAUUCACCACUGCUCCCCGGUAGCUGCAGCUCCUUUUAUAGGUCUUAGGAGGCGGGGCUAGAAGCCUCUCAACCAAUCAGGAACGUUCGAGGCGUAUCUCCGUUCCUACUAGACCGAUCGGAAAAAUUCUCGAUGUUUCGGGUAUAAUCUAUUUUGGCGCCAAAGUCGCCAAAUUCGUCGCCAAAUGGUCGCCAAGUUUGUCGCCAAACUCUUAGACCUCCUAUGGAACCAGCUAUGCUGGGAAGCCGCAUCGCAGAUUCGUAACAAUAUAUUACUUAUACUGCUACUCGCACUAUGGAAAUAUGAAAUAACCACAAUUAUUUAUUCGGCAAUUAAUUAUGUGCUAAAUGACAAUGGAAUGCAAUUUAGAUUUGGAGACACAAUUCAAAAGAAUCGAAGAAAUUGAAUUUUAUAAAAUAUUAUAAAUUAUUCCGUGGAAGGUUUGGAAAUAUUGGAAAAUUGAGAAAUAAAAUAAACGGCUAUAUUUUAAAAUUAGGAUUCUUAAAUUAAAUUUUUUUACAAUAAUUACAGAAAAGUGUUUCUCUGUUGACAUUUUGUAUUUAGUAUUUGCCUUUUGUGUUUAUUUUAUAUUCAUUUAAAAUCAUAACGAGAAAAUCAUGCAUCCAUUUUUUUACCAAAGAAUCCUGAAUUAAAUUUCAAAUUUGCAAUUUCAGCUUAAAUAUCUUAUAUCACUGUUCAUCCUUUUUGCUUGUGGUUUUUAGUUACAGUGUCUGCAAACACUCGGAUGGAUAAAAGAAACUUCCCACAGUCAUAUUUAUUCUGAAAUUUGGCAGAAAUACUGCGACUUCGGUGUGAAGAAUGCCUGCCAAAUCCGAAACCCUGUUUUUUUUAGCAGUCUCACAUCCAUAGUCAUAAAUAUAAUUCCUAGCAUGAGCUUCAAGACUCCGGGAGAUCUAAAACCUGGAGAUUUUUCAAAAUUUUGAAGUCGAAUUUUUCCUUGAACACAAUUUUCUUCCUUAUUUAAAAGAAAAUAAAAAUGUAAUAAUUGAAAUUUGAACUAGAUUUAUAGAUUUUAUGCAAUUAUGUAUAUACUAGCCGCCUUUGGAGACCAGUUUGUUUGCUCAGAUGACUGACUUUUUAGACUGCUAAAUGAUUAAUAGGGGAUUCAAUAAAAAAACCAUUUCUUCUUGUUAUUUGAUAUGGCCGAAAAACAUUGAUUUUAUUGAAUAAGUUUAGUGCAAAUUAAAAAGUGUGAAUAUUACGAAAUAAAAGCAGAAAUGAAAAUUCUAUUAAGGAAUUAAUGAUUAAUACGAACACGAGACUGAAUGUUUUAAUGGAUGAGUUUAAAUUCCAUCAUAGCAUUUAAAGAUAUUGUUACAAAAAAUUUUCUUUCUACAACAAAUACCGCUAAUCAAUCGCUAGUUCAUUUAAUUGCUAGUUCAGUAGCUUCCUUGCUGUCUAAUCCUCCAGUUUCUCUACGUGUCGGCGACUCCGACUCUCACCACACACCGCCUCUGACUAUACACACGACUUGUCAGAUUGCCUGUCUUUUAUUGUUCCGGGAGGCGGGGCUGGAAUCUUCAGACCAAUCAGGGCAUACCUGGCUGUAUCUCGGGUCUUAGUGGAUGGAUCGUGAAAGUUCUCGAACUUUCCAGUAGUAUCCAUUUAGUCGCCAAACUCGCCAAAUUCGUCGCCAAGUCGCCAAAGGGUCGCCAAGCUCUCAGGUCAUUGACGCGGCAGCUGCUCAGCCCAGAUCUUACAACGGUCUUUCUCACGAUGACACUAGUCAUGCCGGGUAGCAAAAUUACAGAUUUGUAACAAUAUUGUAUCAAAUUGAAUUAAAAAUAUUAUUAGAAUUAAAGAAAAAAAUUGCACGGACAUGAAAUUGAAAUCAUUAGAAGAGUAAUUUUUUUUUACUCUUACAAAGACUAUUUUUGGAUAAUAUUUGUUACGUAAGAUAUGAACAUCUGUUUUUGUUUUAAAGCCAUAACGAUUACUUAUCUGAAGAAUUAUUUGAAGCGUAUUUCUUGAUUUCUUUUAUAUUUUUAUAUUUUGUUAUAUUGCCGAUUCAAUGUGCUUUUUUGGCGACAUGGCGAAUCAUUUCCAAAAUAUUUCUUUGUCAAAAAUUUAUUGAUUAGUUAAAUUCAGCUUUGAAUUCUAUGCAACUGUACAAAAAUUCAAUAAUGCAGUAUGAAAUUCGUAUGAUGAUUUGUUUCAAUUUGACUGUUGCCAUUCGGCAGUAAGUAAUCAGCGCGAUUUCUGUGCCACGUACGUUAGCAUUAUAUAUAUAGAGGCCGGGUUUACACUCGGGCCAGUUAUAAGAUGGCCAGUAGGCAGCGAAUGCACAGAAAGGGACUGAUUUAUGUUUGCCACAUUUUCAUAAGGUAGAUUGAAGUAUUCCAUGUUUGGCUAUAAACUGCCAUUUUGACGUUCCUGAAUUUUUCCUUUUCACUGCGUAUCGUAUUAAAAUGAUAGAUAUUUACACAAAGAAAUAUGGUUAAAAGAAAAAAGGACAACAUACCUAAGUUUGGAAAAACUAUGGAAAAGAAAUGGCAGAUAAAAUGACACACACACACACACACACACACACACACACACACACACACACACACACACACACACACACACACACACAAUCUCGCAUCAGAAAGAACAAAUAGCAAAAGAUGUCAGAAUUAAUCUAUGAUAAGUGAUCAGUUUUUUUCACGCCAAAAAACCCCGCCAAAUUCUACAAACGCAUGCGCAGUAAACAAAAAAUACAGUACAGUGGCAAGUUGUUGUCCCAUCGGGACAAUUACUUGCCAUCCAUCCAACAGAAAUUUUCUGCCUUUUUAUGCAUGCGUUGCCUUCUGGAUGUCUUAAAACUGGCCGAGUAUAAACCCGGCAAUAGAUUGUCAGCUAAAAGUGUUUCCCUCUAAAUGGACCUAUCUACUUAAUGACUUGUAGUUAAGAAAUUACGAUGUUCAUCCCAAAAUAGUCCUUACAUUGCUUCCUAAAAUUAUGACACCAUGACAUAAAUGUUUUCCCGGUUUAUUGACGCGUUUGCUAUGAAAACAAAGUCAAUUUUCUUCUCAUGGAAAAAUGUUUACUUCAAUUCUAACUGGUUGAAGAUGAUAAUAAUGGUAUGAUUGUUUCAUAUUUGUUCAUCGCAUAAUUAAAACCAUUUUUAUAAAAAAAAUUUCGAUAAUAUUCUGUUCUACUUGCCAUAAUAUCACAAUAAUAAUAUAAAAACUCAUUUUUUAUUAUGUUUUUAUUCUUCUGACAAAAUGAUUACCAUCGAAACAUGUUUAUUUAAUUCAUGUGUGAGAAAACUCAUCAUGGUGAUUUAUUCCAUGUUUGUAUAUUGCAGACUUUUUACAUAUUUAUUUUAAUAUAAAAUA